UCGCAAGUGAUAUGGAUGCCGAAAUUUUUAUUUCGCUGCUAUGGAACAAGUUAAGUGAUAAACCUUUCUGAUCAAAGCGAAGCAAUGGUCACAGGCGCACGAGGGCAUCAUGGAGUAUAUUGCCUUGGAUUGUGUUAUUAACGACAACUUCCCUUAUUCGAAAUCAGUAUUGAUCGAGAUCAAGGAUGUGAAACAAAUUUCCAACUGGUUCAUCAAGGGCAAAAUUUUGAGCGACUUCAUCGAGCUGAAUGUGAAGUUCGACCUGACCCCGAACACGAUCGACGAUGAGGUGUCCGCAACUCGACUCGAGGAACUCAAACCAAAACUGUUCGAUCUGUGCUCGGCGAUCAAGAUGUUCCCCUGUCCGACACAAAAGUAUCGGUUCAGAUAGAGCGAAAUCACCCAGUUGUUGGCAUUUCUGAUACGUCAUUCAUCGCCCAGGAUCCGCUUAUUAACAGCUGUGCGUUGAAGCGAAAUGCGUUCGAGAAGCUGCCCUUGCUCCAGGAAUUGCGAUUGCGACAUAUGUAUGCUGAGCGCGUUUCUGGACGAAGAGAUAGUGAG